CUCGGCAGGCCCCCGCCCUCUCCUUGGUGGGCGGGGCAGCCUCUGUCGCCCCGCGUCCAGUCCCGUGAAGCCGGAAGCGAGGACGCGGCCGUUCGGGAUGCGGGUGACGGUCGACUUCGAGGAAUGCCUGAAGGACUCGCCCCGCUUCCGGGCUGCCCUAGAAGAUGUGGAAGGAGACGUCACCGAGCUUGAGCUGAAGCUGGACAAGCUGGUGAAGCUCUGCAUCGCCAUGAUUGAUACUGGAAAGGCCUUUUGUGUGGCAAACAAGCAGUUCAUCCACGGCCUCCGGGAUCUGGCCCAUUACUCGAGCAAGGAUGACCUGGUGGAGGGCAGCUUGACAAAGUUCUCCGACAGCCUCCAGGAGAUGAUCAAUUACCACACGAUCCUGUUUGACCAGACCCAAAGGUCCAUUAAAGCACAACUCCAGAUGUUCGUUAAGGAAGACAUACGGAAGUUCAAAGAUGGCAAGAAGCAGUUUGAGAAAGUGAGUGAGGAGAAGGAGAACGCCCUGGCCAAAAAUGCCCAGGCCCCCAGGAACAAGCAGCAUGAAGUCGAAGAGGCCACCAACAUCCUCACCGCCACCCGGAAAUGCUUCCGGCACAUCGCUCUCGACUACGUGCUGCAGAUCAAUGUCCUUCAAUCAAAGAGGAGAUCGGAGAUCCUAAAAUCGAUGCUGUCCUUCAUGUGCGCUCACCUGGCCUUCUUCCACCAAGGCUACGACCUGUUCAGCGAACUGGGACCCUACAUGAAGGAGCUGGGCGCUCAGCUGGACCAUCUGGCUCUGGACGCAGCCAGGGAGAAGAAGGAGAUGGAGCAGAAGCAUUCCACCAUUCAGCAGAAGGACUUCUCCAGCGACGAGAUGAAGCUGGAGUACAACGUUGAUGCAGUGAACGGCAUUGUCAUGGAGGGCUACCUCUUCAAGCGAGCCAGUAACGCUUUCAAGACCUGGAACAGGCGCUGGUUCUCCAUCCAGAAUAACCAGCUGGUCUACCAGAAGAAGUUCAGGGAUGCACCCACUGUGGUGGUUGAAGAUUUGCGGCUGUGCACUGUGAAGCCCUGCGAGGACCUGGAGAGGCGCUUCUGCUUUGAAGUGGUGUCCCCGACCAAGAGCUGCAUCCUGCAGGCCGAUUCGGAGAAGCUGCGGCAAGCGUGGAUCCAGGCUGUGCAGACCAGCAUUGCCAGUGCCUACAGGGAGAAGGGGGAGGAGGCCGAGGUGGAGAGGAAGCGCCCCCCCUCCACAGGGAGCCCCGAGUCCAGCCAAGAGUCCAAAGAGAAAUUGCUGAAGGGGGAAGGCUCCCUCCAGAGGGUCCAGGCCAUUGCCGGCAAUGUGGUAUGCUGUGAUUGUGGCCAGGCGGACCCCCGCUGGGCCAGCAUCAACCUUGGCAUCACACUGUGCAUCGAGUGCUCGGGCAUUCACAGGAGCCUGGGCGUCCAUUUCUCCAAGGUCCGGUCCUUGACGCUGGAUUCGUGGGAGCCGGAGCUUUUGAAGUUGAUGUGUGAAUUGGGAAACAGUGUCAUAAACAGGGUGUAUGAAGGAAACAGAGAAAAAAUGGGAGCCAAGAAGCCUCAUCCUGGAAGCCAAAGGCAGGAGAAGGAAGAGUACAUUAGAGCCAAGUAUGUGGACCGGCGGUUUGUGUCCCCCGCUGAUCCAGAGGGGAAGCCAACCCUGACCCCCAGCCAAGAGGUGAAGAAGCGAGGCAGCCCUGAAAAUACAGCAGCCUCUUUGAAAGCCUCAAGCAGCGACCAGGCCCCCCAGCCCGGAAGGGAGGACAGCAGAGAGCUUUUGGCAGCCAUUGCCCCAGCCAGCGUCUUGCACGAACCAGCAGGGAAGCUGCUGCCGGGUGGCAAGACAGGAAGUGCCUCUCUUCCUCCAGGGGGAGAAAGCCAGGAGGGGGAGGCCGCCUCUGCUGCUGCUUCCCAGGAUGCCAGGCUGUGGGUCGCAGGGCUGCAGCUGUACCAGGCGGCCUACCAGAAGAGUCUUCCCCACAUGGCUGAAGCCCUGGCUCAGGGGGCAGAUGUCAACUGGAGCAACCAGGAAAAGAAUGGCUUCACUCCGCUGAUCCAGGCGGUUCGUGGGGGCUCCUUGGUCACUUGUGAGUUCCUUCUCCAGAACGGGGCCAACGUGAACCUGAGAGACACCCAGGGCCGAGGGCCGCUGCACCAUGCUACCAUUUUGGGGCACACCGGGCAGGUGUGCCUGUUCCUGAAAAGGGGGGCAAACCAGCAUGCCAGAGACCAGGACGGGAAGGACCCCUUGAGCGUCGCCAUAGAAGCUGCCAACGCAGAUAUAGUGACCCUGUUGCGCUUGGCCAGAAUGAACGAGGAGAUGCGGGAGUCGGAGGGCCUCUACGGCCAGCCAGGAGAUGAAACCUAUCAGGACAUCUUUCGGGACUUCUCCCAGAUGGCCUCCAAUAAUCCAGAAAAGCUAAAACGCUUCCAGCCACCGGACACACCUGAGCCCUGAAAGGCCCAAGAGCUGCAAUGAAUGAGACGUCCACCCCCCCCCCCAUGUACCCUUAUUUCCCCCUCCCCCUUUUUAUACAUAAAUCUGCUUCAUUUGCA